CGACUGCGCCACCCAGGCGCCCCCUAUGGGAAACUUUUUCUAAGAGAAAAUUGUAUCAUUUAAAUCCUUGUUUUACGUACAGGGGAAUUUGUGAUUAGUAUUGAUACUCUAUCAUCGUUCUCUCUGAUUUUCUCUAGGUUAAAGCACUUAAAGAGUUGAUAAAACAUCAUUUGUUUCUAUGAGAUGCUUGUAGACAGUAUUUUGGCUGACUUUAGGGCUGAAUUAUUUUCCCUGAAGUCAUUUCACAAAAAGGGCCAGCAAUUUGCUGAUAAGUUUUCUUAUAAAUGACUACACAGUGAAGACAUACUAACACAUUGAUUACACAAUGGAGUAAUAGGAAUGAGAUAAUGGUACUUCUUAUGUGAUGACUUAAAACAAUUUCUCUGUUUUGGGGGCUCAUACUCCUAAAGAUUAGUUUUUUCAAGGUAUGAUUUUUAAAAAGAAAAGACAUCCAGCUGUUAGGUAAAUUUGUUUUCUUUCAAACAGUCUUCAUAGCUUCAGUUUCUGGAACUUAACUCCUUGAAGACAGCAACAUUGCAUGCGAUAAUAUUUUGCUCGUUCGCCUAUAAGAUGUUUGUUCAGUUGAGAAAUGAAAAUGGGUCUCAGUAUACUAUGUAGAGUGAUUUGUUCUAAAUGGCACAAAAAUGGUUUCUGGGCCAGGAAAGUAUUAGUUCAAGGUCCUGUGAAAGUUGAUGCUUAUUCUGAUGCAUGGACACCAUGGUCUAGUGAAAUCUGCACAUUAGGGACUUUCCUAUAGCUCAUUCCCGCGCCCUCCAACAUAUGUCAUUAGUUUCACAUAAUAGGGAAGAGGAAAUAUGCAAAGGCACAGACACUAUUCUGAAUUAAGAGACCGAUUUUUCCCCAUGUUUACGAUGAAAAUUUGUUUAUGUACAGUGUGCUUUUGUGUAAAGGGACACUCUGGUGUUAUGUGCUCAGCAAAACAAAAUAUUCCCUUGAAAUGAUUAGAAUGCAAAUGCUGUUUUCUAGAUCUGGUUUCCUGGCAUUUUGAGGGGGGGGUGGCAGAUGCUAAUAUAUCUGGUGCUUUUGUUUUAGAAACAAAAGUAAACUGUAGGGAGUUUACCAAAAUCCUGCCACGACACCCCCUUUAAAACCAAACCGAGCAAGGGAACCAAAUUGCUGCUUUAUCCACAUUUUGGUCAUCCCGGGGCGGUGGUAGUCCUCUGCUCCCAUUGUUUGUUUUGCUUCAUGUUUGACUCCGACAGAGAACAGAGCUACAUUUUAUGGACUUACGGUUUGGCAAUAUGCUGGCAAAUGGGAAAACAAGCAACAUAAACCAAAUUUCUGCCACAAUGCUUUUAAUAUUGAGACAGACUUUUAUCUAACAGAGCCAACAGAAUGGAACUUGAGAGCACCCGCAGCUCAGGGCUGUAAACACAGCUUCCUGAUGACACAUCCCUGGGGGGGGACAGAUCAUACAGUUUCUAUAUUAUGUGGCUUGUCAUUCUACUGGCACAGAACUGAUUUUCGCCUCAGAAAAUGUCUCUUUCCUGAAACUCCAGCUGUCCUUCAUUCAUAAAGCAGCGUUUUAAUAAGGUGGUUGUUUACUAGGAAAACAAUGCUAAUGUUAAUAAUGAAUCACUAACAAUAUAGCAUAUUCCUUAUCGAAGAUGGUCUACUUGUUGCCAAACAGCUGGAGGAAACGCGGGGGAAAAUGCAAUCGAGCAUUUAAACAUCAUAGCUGGAUGUUUCCAAACAUAAGUAUCCAGAUGCUUAGCAUUGUGGAGGUAAUGUGUUUGAUUGCUUGCCUUUUUCAUAUUUUAUCCGGAUCUUUUGAUGUUCUGUGGAUAGAGUCAUGACUAUUCAUUUUCAAUAUGCUGAGCAGUUUUCGCUCAUCAUGAAUGGCGACAAUAAUGCUGAAGACUGGCAGAGGCCAAGCCUGGCAGAGAUUGCUGGAGAUGAGGGAGAAGAGGAAGAAAUGAGACUCAGACUGUGGUUAAAUGGGUCCCUCUCCUGGCUAAUGUGUAUGGAAGCAUGUGCCUUUUAAACGGCAUCAGCUCAAUCAGGUUUCAAGCUUCAGUUAAGGGGAAUGUAGGAAUUAAGAAGCUGGAUGGAGGGUCAGAUUCUCUUGUUUUCCUUGAGACCCAGAGGCUGAAUAACCAGGCCCUUCUUCAGGAUACUCACUGCCAAGAAAGAAAGCUAACUGAUUCUAUGCCCGUGAGGAUACUGGCUUAACAAGAAUCUGGUCCAGCUAAACUAUAGUAGAGUCGCUCCCUUCCUCAGACUGAUGCCUCAUCAGGCAAAAUUAAAACUCUACAGUAAACAAGAUGAAGUACUUUCUCUUUUUAGGAUCUCAGAGUACCCAGCCCAAAUCAAUUCAUGCUUCCUACUGCAAACUUCUCCGACAUCGGGUUAUCGGUACUUAUAAUUAGAGUCAUUGCCAAAUGUUCCACUAAAUUAAAAUUCCUGCAAAUUAAUUAUCUCAUCAAAGGUGGCUCAGUUUCAGAACUGGGUUCGUAAAUCCUGGCACUAAAAUAGACGCAACCUUCUCCUAAGAGUGAAAGAAAAAAAAAAUAGUCAUUUACUGACAUGUCCCUGCAGGAAACAAUAACAUUACAGAUCAUGUAGGAGCCAAGAAUAGCCGGGGUAUAUUAAUAACUCAGUCUGUUCCCUGAUUUUAUUCAAGAUGACUGGUUAAAGAACACUGCACUGAUGAUGACUCCAUGGCAUGAGGAAGAAUGUCAUCAUUAACAUGUGGACCGUUUGGCAUUUAGAACAUUUCACACAUAAAGAGAACUCAACACAAGACUAUUUACUGUGCUUUAGACAGAUGGUUUAAUGUUUCUUUAGCCUUCAGCCUAUCAGGCCACCCAUGGUUUUCUUCAGCCAAGGGCUUUUUAGAAAUAAUUGGUCUCUAGCAAUUUUCUAACAAGACUGACUGCGAUCUAUUUCCCUAAAUCUUUUUCCUACCCUUAACUAUCCCUUACAGUGGUUUGUGGCUGACAAACCUCCCUGACUGACACUGAUUCCUCACAUAUAAGUAAUUACGGACAUAAAAGGAGAUGAAGGGGCUGAAAUCUCAUCAUUAAUGGUUUCUUUGCUACAGAAAAGCUAUUUAGAAACGAUUACUUCGGAAAACAGUUCUUCCCUGAUUAGACGUUGCCUGACCCUGGAGAAGCUGUUCCCCCAGAAUCUUUCAAUACAGGAAUUGAUAACCCCACGUAGAUGGAUAACUGUGAGUGGCAAAAGAUGCAUACAGGCGUUGGUUUAAAAAUGGUAGAGAAGAGUAAUUGUGUCUCCGUCUGAGGAAUAUGUAAAUGUGUUUAGAAGGGAUACAGAGGCUGCAGAUUCCCUGCUCCUGCCAUCAAAGUGGAAAUCACUCACACUGGAAAAGCAAGCGUGUGCAUUCUUACAGUGCAAACGUCUGUAGGACUCUUGAUCCCCUGCACUUCCCUGGCCACAGUUCAGUUUUCCAGGCCCUUCUGCCAGCUCUUUUAGGGAACCACGUGACCUAAGGCCUGGAGACUCUACAGACUGGCCCAGAAGGAUGGAUGCUUGUUUGCACAUUCUUCUCUAUGUAACCUCCCCAGUAAGGUUCAGAAGAGGCAAACUUAGGCCUGGAGCACAGAAAAGUGAUGACACAGCAGAGAGGGUUUAGCGAUCCGAUGUAUUUAGGAGUGCAAGUGUCUCCUGACUGCCUGCAGGAGAGGGCUUGUGGGACUGGAAGUCUCAGAGGGAACUUCUGAUUGGCUUUUUUUCUCUUUAAGGGACAAUGACGUCUCAUUGGAAGCUCAGAUUUCCCGCUGACACUUAAUGCUGGGCCUGACUGGAAUCCUUGCUGGUUCUGUGGCUGCAGCUGGUGUCUGGGUUUUGCACUGCAACUGUCAGCUUUCCGCACCUAUGAGGAAAAGGGGCCCACGGUACCGACAUCGGUGGUCUGUCUGACCAUGGCUUGUUUAAUUCCCAGCUCGAAGUGCCAAGCCAGUUCUGUUUCAUGAAGUUCAACAGCUCGCUGCUCCGAGUGCGCGAGGGCGACGGGCAGCUGACCGUCGGGGACGCGGGCCUGGACCGCGAGCGGCUGUGUGGCCAGGCACCACAGUGCGUGCUGGCCUUCGACGUGGUCAGCUUCUCACAGGAGCAGUUCCGGCUGAUACACGUGGAGGUGGAGGUGAGGGACAUCAACGAUCACGCGCCGCGCUUUCCCCGGGCCCAGAUCCCCGUGGAGGUGUCCGAGGGCGCGGCUGUGGGCACGCGCAUCCCGCUGGAGGUGCCGGUGGACGAGGACGUGGGAGCCAACGGGCUGCAGAGCGUGCGCCUGGCCGAGCCUCACAGCCCCUUCCGCGUGGAGCUGCAGACGCGCGCGGACGGCGCCCAGUGCGCGGACCUGGUGCUGCUGCAGGAGCUGGACCGCGAGAGCCAGGCCGCCUACAGCCUGGAGCUAGUGGCCCAGGACGGCGGCCGCCCGCCGCGCUCCGCCACUGCCGCCCUCAGCGUGCGAGUGCUGGACGCCAACGACCACAGCCCGGCCUUCCCGCAGGGCGCCGUGGCCGAGGUGGAGCUGGCGGAGGACGCGCCCGUGGGCUCCCUGCUGCUGGACCUGGACGCAGCCGACCCCGACGAGGGCCCCAACGGCGACGUGGUGUUUGCCUUCGGUGCCCGCACCCCGCCCGAGGCGCGCCGCCUCUUCCGCCUGGACCCGCGCUCGGGCCGCCUCACCCUGGCAGGACCCGUGGACUACGAGCGCCAGGACACCUAUGAGCUAGACGUGCGGGCCCAGGACCGCGGUCCCGGGCCUCGGGCCUCCACCUGCAAAGUCAUCGUGCGCAUCCGCGACGUCAAUGACAACGCUCCGGACAUCACCAUCACCCCGCUGGCCGGCCCGGGCGCGCCUGCCGCCUCUCCCGCCGCCGCCGCCGCCGCCGCCGCCGCCGCCGCUGCUCUCGGGGGUGCGGACGCGACCUCGCCGACCGGACCUGGAACGCCGGAGGCCGGCGCCAUCUCGCUGGCAGAGGGGGCGGCGCGCGAGAGCCUGGUGGCGCUGGUCAGCACCUCGGACAGAGACUCGGGCGCCAAUGGGCAGGUGAGCUGCGCCCUCUACGGGCAGGAGCAUUUCCGGCUGCAGCCGGCCUACGCGGGCAGCUACCUGGUGGUGACCGCGGCGUCCCUGAACCGCGAGCGCAUCGCUGAGUACAACCUGACGCUGGUGGCCGAGGACAGAGGCGCGCCCCCUCUACGUAGGGCGCGCGUGAGCGACGAGAGCGACAAAGCGCCACUCUUCACGCGACCGGUCUAAGACGUGUCAGUGAGGGAGGACAACCCGCCUGGCGCCUACUUGGGCCGCGAAGGCCAGGUCACCUGCCGACUGCUGGAGGCCGAAGAGGGUCGCGCCCAGGACGCUGUGUCCCCCUACAUCUCUGUGGACCCUAUUACUGGGAAGCUGUGUGCACAACGGUGCUCUGAUCGCAAGUAACUGGCUGAGCUGCAGCUGGGGCUGGAAGCUCUCGACGGCGGCUCUAUGCAGCUCUGGGGCUGGGCCGUGGUGUGCCUGCAUGUGGAGGACCAGAACGGGCACUCACUGGUCACGCUGCCAGAACGGCUGGUCACACUGCCACUCUUCAAUGGCUCAGCCCAGCUGCCUCUGCUUCAGGGCGCGCGGCUGGGCUACCUGGUGACCCAAAUGCACACGAAGGCCCCAACACAGAGCUAAUUUCCACCGUAGCGGCGGCGGCCCCGCGGCGCUAGCGCCGCACCCGUUCACGGGUGAGCUGUCUUUUCAGCGCCGCUUGUCCCCACAGCCCACCAACCAGCUGACAGCGGUCGUCAUGGUGCGGGACCCAGGCCAGUGGGCCUUUAUCGCGCACCGCCACUUUGCUCCUAGUGCCCGCGGAUUUGGCGCCACCUGGCGGAGAAGUGAUGCUGGUGCCGCCUUCGCCGCGGCCGCCGCCAAAAGAGGGAGGGUAGGGACGCCCCUGGAGUCGCACAGCGCAGAGAGCAGGGCGACAGCCUGGCUUCCUGGUUGUCUUGGCAGGUGUUUUGGCUAGCGGCUGUGGCCUUCUGCUGGCGGCCAUUGCCAUCGAGACUUGUUCCAGCCAAGGCGAGGCCAGGACGCGGAAGAAGAAGCUUCGUGGGCAUAGCUUGAGCAGUACACAUUCAAAUCCAGAUGAAUUUAGUGAGAAAGAUAGCGGAAGAGGAGACAGUGAAUCGAAUGACAGCAGUUCUGACAUCAGUAUAGAGCGGGCUUGAAGAAAGCGUCUUUUCCAGUGAUUGCGAAGCGAGAGGGUUCACAUGGUUUUGGAAUGGUCGCUUCUACCUUAAUUAUGAUUCCUCAAGCAGUUUUCCUGACUUUUAUGACGGCAUUCUCAGUGACAGACAGUAAUUGGAAACAUGAAUCAAAUACUUACUGCAUACAAAGCUCUUUGGGCCUCCAGACAGGAGACGCUCCCUGAAAGUUUGUGAAAGAACAAACGUGCUGAGUCACUUGCACACUGAGUGGGGGUCCCGGCUGCCGUCCCAUCCUGCCGCGCAUCUUUAACGAAGAUACCGUGUGUCCCUGUUUCAGCUUCUUUCUUAUCUGUUCAGAAGAAAUGGGUGUGAAAGUAAUACGGCCCCACCUUGUUAGGAAGUAGCAAACUAGAGACUUCUGCUGAUGUCCAUUUUCAUGUCUGCCCCACGUUGAGAUGUCGCUGUGACCGGGGGCCAGCCGGCCUGCUUUAGCCCACGUCGGCACAGAUAAUCAAACGGUAGUCUCUCUCUGACAGUGCUGAUCAUAGACACCGUUAAAAAAGAAAUGGUCAUAAUGUAGGUGACUAAGAGAGAGGCCAGCCUUCUGAGUGGCAAGUUAGUAGCUCGGGGCAAACUACAGAGUGGCAGAGACCUUGCCUGGGGGGCAUGGCCCACGCCUUCCAACGGCUGUGGGUGGGGGGGCUGUUGGGAGACAGAGGGCUGAGGUAGACAAUCAUCUACAUUUUAUUAAAAAUAAUUGGAGAAGUUUACAGACUUUUUUUUUUUUGCAAACAUGCAACUGUCAGGCAUGGGUAGAAAAGGAACGUUUUCCAAAUUGUGAGAAAUUCGAAUGUCGUGGCAAAAAAAAAAAAAAAAAAAUCAGGAGUCUGAUGAUUAAAUGUAGAGAGCUGUCAUCUCGGCAUUAUAUUAAAAUAACUCGCCUCAA